ACAGAUCUCUCGUUCUCUUAGUGGUAAGUCGCACAAUUCUCUUGCGUUCAAUCUUGUUUUAGAUUCUCGAGAGUCUGCUUGCCAUGGCCCCUGUCUCUUUCCCUGUUGUCUUCGUAGCGGCAGCUGCGGCCACUGCCUGAACUCAUGAAGGCGAGAGAGAUGCCGGGCAACUUCCUUGCCACACCAGUUCAGCCAUAUUGAUCCCACGAAGCGCGAGGGACCACUUUCCCCUGCCCUCCUUGAGCCUUUCAAGACCCAUCUUGGUCUCUGGUCUUCUUCUUCCUUCCCUCAACCUACGAUCUUCAACAUCUCUUCCUCAGCAUCUAUUUGCCUCACUUCUUCAGAGACCCAACCUCGAUGCUGACCACGACCUAGUAUACAGCUAUUUCUCUUAUUUGAAACGAAGACGGACUAGUUGUUCAACAUGUCUUUUUUCGGUUUCGACCCGACACGCCCUGCUAGCCACAACACGGCGGCACCAGGCUUCUCGCAGACCCACGAUCCUUUCGCCGGCCUUUCUCGCGGCGAUGCCGAGGACGACGACGCUGUCGAGUUCGACGAUACGUACGAUGGACUAGGCGACCAACUCGAGGAGAGCGGUGAUGCUUUCAAUGAUGACACGUUCGGAGGCGGUGGUCCGGCUACCAUCUCGAAUACUUCUGUUGGAAAGGACUUCGACUUCUUUGGCCAAACUGCAAAGGUGUCUGAUGCCAUCGAGGAGGAGCAGGUCCGCUACAGCCGUCAAGUUCCAGCCGCCAAGCCUGCUCCCGCACCUGCGCCCGUCCAGCAGCAUUACCAGCAGGCCCAGGCUCCGCAGCAAUACUACUAUCCUCAAAGCCAGCAGGCCCCCAGACCUGUUCGCACUGGCUAUGAGAAGUACAAGGAUGCGGAACCCAUUCCCGACCUACAUGUCGAUGCGUCGCUUUGGGGCAUGCCUUCAAAGAAGAACGCUAUCCCAGAGCCUUCCCCGAAGCCGCAGGCUGUCCCGUCCGCCAGCAGGAAGGUCAUGAGCCUGGAGGAGGUGGAAAAGGCAAUGCGAGAGCAAGCCACCCAACGAACCCCUCAGCCAGCUUUCUCGGAAUCUGCGCCGCCUUCUCAGGGCUACCCCGGCCCUGAGUACGGCUACGGACGACCCGAACCUGCCCAACAGCAGUCCUUCCAGGGCGCCGAACAUCACCAACAGCGUGGUGGUCAGCCUCACCAGCAUCCUGGCCAUGGACAUCCCGUACAGAUCCUGCAGAGACCUCAGUCCAUCACCUCCAAGCCGACCCCGCCCAUUCAAGGCACUCCCAGCCCGCUCGCACAGCCUCCUCACUCCCAAGCCCCGCCUUCGCAGCCGACUCAGAUUCUUCAGAACCCGAACAGACUCUCAGGCGACGCCGCGCGGCUCGGCGCUCAUGGCCCUCAAGCUCAUCACCAGGCCCAUGGACACCAAGGACACCGUUCGCAAGGCUCUAUGGGACGUGUUCCGUCCGCCAAUCAGCAGCAGCAACAGCAGCAACAGCAACAGCAUCUCGCACAUCUGUCGGAGGACGAAAAGGCUGCCUACCUUGACCAAGAAACCAAACGUGCUAAGCGCAAUCACAAGAUUUGGCUCCUGUCUAAGGAUAACGGCCUUAUGACACCCCAAGACAAGAACUUUGUUACACGUAUUCAACUGCAGCAACUCGUCUCGGCCACUGGAAACCCUAUCGAUAAUACCAACGAUGAUUCGUUGACUGAGGACUUCUACUACCAGGUCCUGAGCCAGAUCCGCGGCGGCCAACGUCAGAACCCGAACCAGCCGUUGAAUAACUUUGCUCAAACCUACCUCUUUCAGACUGGCAGCCGCCAGGGCAACAUGAGAAGACAAGGACGGGCAGCAGAGAACCAUGUUCAGCGAAUGGAGCAGCAAGUUCAACGUGCUGUCGAGGCUGCCAAGAACAAGCCCAAGAAUCCACAGCUGGUCAUCGCUGGCAGUCUUGGAAAGAUCUCUUUCAGCAAUGCCAAGACGCCUAAGCCCCUCCUCAACAUCAAGCGAACUGACAGCAGUGGAGAUGCCAACCGUCCUGGCAACGGCAAGCGCCAUGGUGAGUCGAACAACCUGGAUCGCAAGGCCAUCUUGCGAAACAUUGAGAAGGUCUACAACACCAUCAUGAAGAUGGAAGACCACGCCCGCUUCAUUCCCCCUCCGCCUACAAAUGGAAAUGACGAAGAGUUCCAUGCUAAGCAUCAGGAAUGGUUGGAGACGGCCCAAGGCUACAAUGCUCAGCUUUGGAACGAUCUUAAGGUCCAUGAGCCUAUUGGCGCCACCACCCUCCACCCCUUCAUUGCGUUCCUGUCCUUCCCCAAGGGCAAGAAGGCCAUUCCUCGCGUGUUCCGCCACAUCAGCUUCGAGCAGCGCACCACCAUUCUGACCAUGAUCAUCAUCCACCUGGACCAGCUCGAUGUGGUCUAUGGAGCUCAGACUACCGACGGCGAGGUCAGCCUCAAUGCUGCUAUGCGCGAGAGCAUUGAGCUCUUCUCCGCAGCUGUCAUGCCGAGCCUGUUUGCCUACUUUAAUGAGACAGAAUUGGACAUCGUGACGGGUGUGCUUGGUCUUAUUAGCACCAAGUUGAACAUUGAUCUCAUUGCGAAGACUCGCGUGGGCUGCUCCAUGCUGACUCUCAUUCUGAGUCGAGCCGAACUUUUGAAGCAAGGUGGCGGAGGUAGCCCUCAGCUGUGGGCUGAGUGGGAGCAAACCUUCAACAUGUUCUUCAACAAGCUCGAGCCUACUCUCCACCACAUCUUCCCCGGUAGCGUCAAUACCGGAGAAGACGUUGUGGUUUGGCAGCUCCUCGCUGCAGUUGGUGUCAGUGCCAACCCUGAACAGCAGCAACGCCUGGUCCUUGCCGUCAAGGACCGCGUCCUCGACACCGUCGCGCACGCAAAGACGCUUCCGGGCGCCAUGGCAACUACUCGGUUGGCCACUGUCAACCUUUUCAUGCACUCCAUUGGUUUGGAUGUCGAAUUGCUUCAGUAAGGGGAUGUAUGAGUGGAACAGAACGUGCGAUCGCGGCGUUUGUUGCGCCUUUCGCGGUUUGAGACGCAUUAUAGUUGACUGAAGAAACGCGUUGGGAUGCUUGGGAUAUAAAGGAUCUUACGAUGCAUGGCCCGUGAUUUUUUGAGGGCUUUGGGGCCGCUACCGAGCUGUGGUACUGGGACUGCAGUUUGAUUGAGGCUUCAACAUGCGAAGAUGGCUUGUCCUAUGGCAAUAUGCACAAACAUAUCUUGUGUACAUUACGCACACGACUCUUAUGAGAUGGCGUCGCCAUAUUAGUAUCAGGGGUGCGUUGCGUGUUGCUAGUUAGAGCAAAAAGAAAAUCUGCA